CCGCAAUUCUAGUUCUCGUCGGGGGCUACCGUCGCUGCUGCUGCCGCUGUUUCCACCACUAUUACUGAUCCGCGACGACGAUCGACGAACGCGAAAAAGAUGGCGGCGCUCAUCAGGCAUGGCUCGUUCGUCAACGCGUUUAAGAGUACAUCGGCUAUAAUCGCUAUUAACACGACAACCGCGCGUCGUGAUGUCAUCCGGCACAAGAGCAACAAGACCAAGCGACAACCCGUCAAGACGCAGACGAUAUCAAGGAUCGAUUCGGUCGGUGAAUCCCUGGCUGCUCGCGGUUUUUUAAGGCCACAAAAGGCUUACGAACCUCCUGAAGACACGUCUAAGAAAAUUGACAAAAUCUGUGAGAAUCACAACAUUUCUUCUCAUGAUGACAAAAAAAUAGAAGAUUCCUUGCUUCGCUUUAAACUUUUUGUCGCCUGUGAGAACGAAUUUAAGCAUUCCAUCCCAAAUUCGUUGCUUCACACUAUCGAGAAUAUCGGAGAUUUAAAGCAGUUUUAUUCCACAUCUGUGGAUACUACGACUCCGUAUGACGCAUUACGUAGAAUGGAUUUGCCUAAGAAUUUGCACAUUCAAUACGAGUAUCAUCGAUUCCAUCCAGAUACCGAUACGAUGUUUAAUGGCAAAACAGCUUUCCCGAAAAGUUCUACUAUCGUGACUGGUCUCAAGUAUAAGAAAAAAUAUCCUGGACACGUGCAGGAUGAUGUAUGGUUAGAAGAGCAGUUGAAAAUUUAAAUUAUACAAUUGUAAAAUAAAGAACGUUUGUAAAUAUAUGAAACAAUAUUCGUGAAGUUUAA